AGAAAGAUUGCAAUAAUUAUUAUUUCAAGAAAAGAGAAGACUAAGCACAAGCUAUGCAUAAUGUUACUAACUUGGGGAACCUCCUCGCCUAAGCUUAAAAUCUCUCUUCUCCUCCUUGAGCUCUUCAUCAUUAUCAGCAUUGUUUUUGUAUGUGCUGAAGAGAUAAUGGGAGAAUCAGAUUUUAAGCAUGCAAAAGGGAGCUCCACAAAGUUCCUGUCUUUGAGAGAGAGGGAUAGCCUUGCUUAUUCUCAGACUCUGCACCGGAAGCUUAGAAAUGUGAUGGUAACACAAAAGAAUUUUGACAAAGGACUUGAGGAGAUAGAUUUCCUCAACUGUGCUAAAACGAAAUGCAGAGGACCGUUUUCCCAAAAGCUUCACAACGUUCCAUCUGGGCCUAAUCCCAUUGGUAAUUUUGCUUCAAUGGGAGUCCAACCACCUUAGUAAUUUUGACAGCAGUCUACUUGGAUGGAGUUUUUUCUCCAAAGGAACAGUGUAAAAUGUAUAUUGCACAAGAAAUCAGCUCAAGAUGUGUAUUCUGACAUGUCAAACUAUUACUAUUGCCAUGAAUUUUUUAAUUAGAUGGGAGGGAAGAUAAGUCAAAAUCUUGUGACUGUCAGUCUUAUCAACACAUACAAGAUCUCAGUUGCUAGAUUCAGCAUUAAAAAGAUAAGGAUUGUACCUUUAAUUUGUAUAGAGUUUGUGUAUCCUAGAUUGGAGCUUAAAUAGUUUAAGAAUUAUAUAAUAUAUGUAAAAAACAAUUUCUAUUUGAA